AUGUGGGGCUUGCUUGAUCUAUCAUCAAAAUAAUAGAAAUAAAUUAUCAAGAAGGUGGAAAAUCAAUUCUACAACAAAUGAUGUAUUGAGAAGACAUACCAUAAAGAUGGCGAGAGCAAGGGCCAAGUAUGUUGGCCAGGACAUUUCAAUUAUUGAUGGCACUAUGCGAUGCAACGAUGAGACUGAUGCUAACUUGGCUGCAACGCAACCUUCUACCUGAUGCUGUCAUAAGAAGGCUCAUCCGCAUGUUCAUAGCCAGUCGUCUACGCUAUAGUUAUCAGCCUUUAUGUCAACUUCAACUUUCCCAACUCCUCCAUUUUGUACACUCGCUGAAACAGGUACCAAUAACUUUAAGGACAGGUCCACAUCCAGAACAUUACCCUUAUGCAUUACCAACAUCUUUCUUCAAGCUAAUCCUUGGAAAGAAUCUCAAACUCAGUUGUUGUUACUUCGCGGAUGAGCGUAGUAGUUUAGAGGAUGCAGAAAAGGCAAUGUUGGAACUCUACUGUGAGAGGGCCCAGAUAAAAGAUGGACAGAGUAUUCUGGAUAUUGGAUGUGGAUGGGGAUCACUCUGCCUCUACAUUGCACAGAAACACAACAACUGCAGGGUUACCGGGAUCACAGACUCAGGUUCACAGAAAGCGUAUAUUGACGAGCUGUGUCGGGAUCUUGAGCUACAGAACUUAGAGAUCAUUGUUGCUGAUGUUUGUACAUUUGAAAUGGAUGCUUCAUAUGAUCGAUUAAUUUCCGUUGAAACAUUUGAGCAUAUUAAGAACUAUAAAGAUCUUCUCAAGAAAAUAUCAGGGUGGAUGAAGCCGGAUAGUCUUUUGUUUGUUCAUCAUAUCUGCCAUAAGGCAUUUGCUUACCACUUUGAGGAUGUCAAUGAAGGUGGCUGGCUCACUAAGUAUGACUGGCUCUGCAGGGACGUCUUAGUUGGUAGUACAAUGCUUUCAGCAAAUCUACUACUUUAUUUUCAGGACGAUGUUUCUGUUGUCAAUCAUUGGCUUGUGAAUGGGAAACAUAAUGCACAGACAGGUAACGAGUGGCUCAAAAGAAUGGAUCACAACAUUUCUUCCAUAAAACCAAUUAUGGAGUCAACUUAUGGCAGUGAUUCCGCUGUGAAGUGGACUGUUUAUUGGAGAACAUUCUUUAUAUUUAUCACUGAAUUAUUUGGAUACAAUAAUGGAGAAGAGUGGAUGGUUGCCCAUUUGCUAUUCAAAAAGAAAAUGAUAGAACCAAGGCAAUCCAGUGGAAAAUUUUAAGAAAUGUCGAGAUUAUAGCAUAUCUUAGUUGUUUGAGAGGACUGUUUACUAUUUACUUUUGGAAACUAUUUUCUCAACAAAAAAAAAAAAAAAAGAAAAAGAAAGCUUAUUCAUCUUA